AUGACGACAAAUAUUUCAACUUCAAAAUCUCCUCUACCACACUUUGCUUGUCAAGUAUGCGGGAAUUUCCUGCAACAAGAUUCUUCAUUAGAAUCAAUCGAUGAUCAGAUAAUGAAACCAAGUGCAUGUAGUACAACCAUGUGUGAUGAAUCCUAUAAUGAAUUACAACAAGGCGGAUCCGAUGGUACUAUUGUUAUUCGUAAAACAUUAGGACGAAAAAGAUUAUCACAAAGUAGUCUUGAUAGUACAAACAGUUUUGCAUUUGUUCCUCAUGAUUUAAAUAAAGAUUUGGAACAAAAAUCAAUGCGUGAAUAUCGAAAUGAUAUUAAUAUGCAUGAAAAAUUCUAUGAUUUUCUUUCUGAACAAUAUACAUUUGAUCAUCCUUUAUGUCAAGAAUGUACAGAUACACUGCUGGAUAAACUCGAUGUUGAUUUACAAAUGGCGACACAUGAAUUAACAAGUUAUCAAAAAUUACUCGAACAAUUUAAUUCAGCAACAAAUAUUCAACCAGAAGAUUAUGAUAAAUUAAAACAAGAUUUACUUGAAUUAGAUGAAGAAGAAAACAAAUUAAAAGAUGAAUUAGCAGCUUUAGAAAAAGAAAAUGAACGAAUACAACAUGAAUCUGAACAACUAACAAAAGAAGAACAAUCAUUAGAAAUUGAAGAAACUAGAUUUUUACGAGAUUAUAAUGAACAAAAACGUUUAUUAUAUGAAGCUGAAGAUGAACAGAAAAGUAUUGAUAAUCAAACAAAACAUGCUCGUGCUCAAUAUGAAAAAUUAAGUAAAACAAAUGCUUUUAAUGCUGCAUUUCAUAUAUGGCAUCAAGAACAUUUUGGUACAAUAAACGGUUUUCGUCUUGGUCGUUUACCAAGCAUUGCUGUUGAAUGGUCAGAAAUCAAUGCUGGUCUUGGUCAAGCUGCUUUAUUACUUAAUUCCUUAGCUAAACGAAUUGAUCUUCAAUUCACUAAAUAUAGAAUUAUUCCAUUAGGAAGUUAUUCCUAUAUAGAAGAUUUUAAUGAACGUAAAAAUGGAAAAUUUGUACAAUUACCACUUUAUACAGGUCGACGACAUUUUAGUUGGGAUACUCAAUUCGAUAAAGCAUUGAUUGCAUUCCUUGAUUGUGUUAAUCAAUUUAAAUUAGCAAUUGAAUCGAAGAAUCAACGUUUUUGUUUACCAUAUAAAAUGAAUGAAAAAGGAAAUGGUAUUAUAACCGAUAGUAAUGGUUAUCAAUUUAGCGUCAGAUCACAAGUUAGUUCACAAGAACAAUGGACAAAAGCAUUAAAAUAUAUGUUAACGAAUUUAAAAUGGGGUUUGACUUGGAUAACCAGUCAGUUACCUGAUGAUAUGACAACAUCUAAUGCUAUCCCAUCGCCAUCAUCACCAACAGUUGCAUCGCCAAGAUAA